CCAUCACAAUGAUUUUCAAAGAGGAACUUGUAUGCUAUUCACACAUCUUCAUUUGUGCUUGAACGAGAAGUCAAUCAAUGCUCGGGGGCCAAACGCAAGAAAUUGGGCCAAAACUGGAGCUGAAUUCAGGAAUAGCAAUGUGGACAUGGGGGACUGAGGAAUCAGUGUUACACAAUGCAAUGACAGAGAUGUUGAGGUCGGCCACGAUUGCUUCUUGGAUAGAGAUAGAAAUACCCCGUAUAUAACUUGGCAGGUCAAAUAUUUUUUGGGCCCAAAUUAAUAUCCCGCCGAGGCUCGUUUAUACAUUCCCGCAUUGCCCUUCGUCCUAAAUCCUAAUCCUGAUCGGAGUAGAAAGCGCGUCAACAUCAUGGGUGCCUAUAUAUGAAAUCCAAAAUCAUUCACAAAUCAUCAGAAUCCCUUACGGAGUUACGGUAGUCUCUCUAGAAACCCUAAAUUCACAGUCAUGGCUGACACGAUGAUACUCCGAAUCCUCGGUAGUCUCACUAGUAAUCCUAAAUUCACAGUCAUGGCGAACACGAUGAUACUCCAAACCCUCCACGCUGACCUCCGGCGGAUGUAUGUGAACAAACUCCACUUGGUCAACAAUGAAGAUGAUCGUAACUUGCGUUACGCCUUCUACUUUGGCGAUGAUGUCGUUUUUAAUCUGGUCAGAACAUGGGAGAAAACCUUGUUGGCUGCGAGGGCCGUAGUUGCAAUCGAUGAUCCUAAGGACAUUGUUGUCCUUUCCGCUAGACCAUUUGCUCAUAAGGCUGUCUCAAAAUUUGCUGAAGUAAUUGGUGUUGGGAUUCCUCCAAGUCCCACACCGGAGGGAGAAGUAAAAAUGGACCAAAAUAUAUAGGUUCACCCAAACCCAUUAGUAUGAGGCCUUUUGGGAGGUGCCCAAAAACAAAUCCGUGAGGGCUUGGCCCAGAGCGGACAAUAUCAUACUAAUGCGGGGUUGGGGUGAGGGCACGCGCAGUCCCAACAUGUGGUAUCAAAGCCCAGGUUCUUGCGGGCGGGAGUAGCGGACUGUGCAGUGUGGAAAAAUCUCGGUGUGACGGUGUAACUAGGACCAAGACCAAGAAAGAGGAUCUGCAAGUGGUUGCAGGUGGUGCCUUGUGUCGAAAGUCUUCCCGACGAGAGGAGGUCGGGCGGCGCGUCCCGUGAAGUUAUAGCCACGGCGGUACAAGAUGAUUUGGUGGAUCAAAUGGUGUAGCCCAGCGAAGGAAAGAUCUGCAGUUCGAGCCUUGCGUCGAAAGUCCCAAGACUUUUGCUCAACAACUCCAUGAUUCAUCCCUCAAGCCUUGCCUCUUAAUCGUUGCUGAUCCGACAACUGAUCGCCUGGCUAUCCAAGAAGCAUUCCUGGCUGACCUCAACAUCCCUGUCAUUGCAUUGUGUGGCAGUGAUUCCUCAUUCCGCCAUGUUGACAUUGCUAUUCCUGCAAACAACAAGUCAAAGCAAAGCAUUGGUUAUGUUUUCUGGCUUUUUGCAAGGAUGGUUCUUCAGAUUCGUGGAGAGAUUCCACAAGGACACAUCUGGCAUGAUGUUCCGGUUGAACAAUUUUUGUGUGAUGAUAGACUUGAGGAGCAACCUGAAGAGGAGGAGAAAGUACCUGAACUGGAAUUUUUACCGGUGCCAGACUUGCAACUUCCAUGGCCAUGCGGGCCGCGGGAUAAUGGAGACAACCCCCCACCUGCUUCAUGGGCAACUACUGUUUGUCCAGGAGAUAGCGAAGCUGAAUUGGACCCUGAAGAAUACCAUGGAACAACCAAUAUUGAAGAAGAGGAGGACCACCUUGGGCAUGCAGAUUGAAAUUGUGAUUUUGUGAAUUGAUCUUAUGGCUUUGUGAAUGUUGUAAUAAUCUUAUGGCUGAUUGUAAUUGUGGGGAUAUUGUGGUAAUUGCAAUCAAUACCAGCACUGGUCCCUUUGAACAUUUAUAAUUGUAGUAGUGGUAAUCUAUGUGGUUUCAUGAAUAGCACAUGAAUGAUUAGUGUAUUUAUCUAUGUUAUGGAAUUUGUGAUUGUUUAUGUGCUUGGCUUUACUGAAGUGAU